AUGGCGUCGACAUCAAUAACGAGCUUUCCGGCCGACGCGGUCCCACAGGCCCCGGAAGAUCCCCUUUUUGGCCUGUCGCGCGCCUACAAGGCCGAUACCAGCCCUGACAAGGUUGAUCUGGGAAUCGGUGCCUAUCGCGACGACAAUGCAAAGCCCUGGGUUCUUCCGGUCGUGAAGAAGGCCGACGAGAUAUUACGAAACGACCCAGAAGCGAACCACGAAUACCUUCCAAUUGCCGGUCUGCAGGCCUUCACCAGCCGCGCUGCUGAGCUCCUGCUGGGCAAGUCUGCCCCCGCCAUCGCUGAGAAGCGCACCGUCUCGGUCCAGAGCAUCUCCGGCACCGGCGCUGUCCACCUAGGCGCCCUCUUCCUAGCCAAAUUUUACAAGGGCAGCCGCACAGUAUACCUCAGCAACCCGACCUGGGCGAAUCAUCACCAGAUUUUUUCUAAUGUCGGCCUCCCCAUCGCCACCUACCCAUACUUCAGCAAGGAGACCCGGGGGCUAGACGUCGAUGGCCUGAAGGCCACGCUUGAGAAGGCCGACGAGGGCAGCAUCAUUGUCCUACACGCCUGCGCCCACAACCCGACCGGUGUCGACCCCACCCCGGAGCAAUGGCGUGAGAUUGCCUCCGUCAUGAAGGCUAAGAAGCACUUUCCCUUCUUCGACACUGCUUACCAGGGUUUCGCUUCGGGUGACCUGGACCGCGACGCUGGCGCCAUUCGUCACUUUGCCGAGGAAGGCUUCGAGCUAGUCAUCGCCCAAUCCUUUGCGAAGAACUUUGGCCUGUAUGGCCAGCGUGCCGGCUGUUUCCACUAUGUGGCUCCUAGCGGUGCCGGCGCGGCCGAGGGCGCUAAUAUCGCCACGCGCGUUUCCUCGCAGCUAUCCAUUCUCCAGCGCUCGGAGAUCAGCAACCCGCCCAUCUACGGCGCCCGCAUCGCCUCCAUCGUGCUCAACGAUGAUGCCCUGUUUGCUGAGUGGCAGGAGAACUUACGCACGAUGUCGGGCCGCAUCAUCGAUAUGCGCAAGAAGCUCCGCGCUAAGCUGGAAGAGCUCCAGACUCCGGGUGGCUGGAACCACAUCACGGACCAAAUCGGCAUGUUCAGCUUUACUGGGUUGAGUGAGCCCCAAGUCCUCAAGCUGCGCACUGACUACCACAUCUACAUGACCAAGAACGGGCGCAUCAGCAUGGCGGGGCUGAACUCAAGGAACGUGGAAUAUGUUGCCGCGGCUUUUGACAAGGUGGUCAGGGAAGCUCAGUAG